GAGUCACACGUCCCUUUCCACCACCGGAAGAAGAACGUCCCAGAGUACUAGCACCUCCUGGAUAUUCAAAGGUCACCGGUCAUCUAGUAUGGGAUGUGAAGAUGGAUUUCACUUGCAAAGCCAGAUGGGUACUUGAUGGUCACAAAACACCUGAUCCCCUGUAUUCUCAGUAUGCAGGAGUGGUAUCACGUGAGAGUGUCAGAAUUGCCUUCACUUACGCUGCCUUGAAUAAGCUGGACGUUUUUGCUGCCGAUAUCCGAAAUGCUUACCUUCAAGCACCCUCAUCCAAAAAGGACUAUAUCAUUUGUGGUCCUGAAUUUGGAUUGGAGAAUGUUGGAAAGGUUGCCUUGAUUCAUCGUGCCUUGGGACUUCAGGAACCAUCUCAGAGCCUGUAUGCAUCAUCUGGACUUCCUGGUUCUCCGAAAGGAACUUGGGAAGUAUUUGAGCUGAAAGAGGAGAGCAUUGGCCCUCCAAAAAUCUAUCUUGGGAGUAAUGUACAAAAGGUUGAGUUGGAUACUGGUGUUCAAUGCUGGGCAUUUGGAUCCUCCCAGUAUGUCCAAGCCGCUGUCAUGAAUGUUGAGAGAUACCUCAAUGACCGUUGCAAGGCAGGAGAUGAGCGAUUUAAACUGAAGCCCAAGGCUAUGACGCCGAUGCAGACCUCCUACCGACCUGAGCUUGAUGUGAGCCCAGAAUUGGAGCCGUCUGAUGCCUCAUAUUAUCAGUUGCUGAUCGGAGUCCUACAAUGGAUUGUUGAGCUUGGAAGAGUUGAUAUCUGCCUUGAAUGUUCUUUGAUGUCUUCACAACUGGCUAUGCCAAGAAUAGGACAUUUGCAUCAAGUGCUGAACAUUUUCUCUUAUUUGAAAUCUCAUCACAACGCUGAGUUGGUGCUUGAUCCAACCUUUCCUGUGAUCGAUGCUGCGGGAUUUGAAAGGAAGGAUUGGUCAACCAGCAAAUUUGGCCACAUAGACAACUUGAAGGAAGAGCUGCCUCCAAAUCAGCCAGAACCAAAAGGCAUUGGAUUUGUUACAACUGCCAAGGUGGAUGCUGAUCAUGCCUCUGACACAACUACGAGACGUUCUCAAACUGGUUUCUUUGUGUGGGUAAAUGGUGCAUUGGUGUACUGGAUGGCAAAGAAGCAGACUGCAGUUGAGUCUAGCAGCUUUGGAAGUGAAUUCUGUGCAAUGAAGUUGUGCUGUGAAUAUCUUUGUGGCUUGCGAUACAAGCUACGGAUGACGGGAAUCCCUGUACUUGGCCCGUCCUUUAUCUAUGGAGAUAAUAAGUUGAUGUUGGCCAAUACAAGUAUCCCUGACUCUCAAUUGAAGAAGAAAUCUCAGUCCAUUGCGUAUCACUUCAUCCGUGAAGGAGCUGCAAAAGACAAAUGGCAGACGUUGUAUGUCAACACACAUGAGAAUGACGCUGAUUUAUUGACUAAGCAACUGCCCUAUGGUCAAAAGCGACAAAAGUUUGUGAAGCGCCUGAUCCAUCAUAUCUAUGAACACAACUAA